AUGUCUUCAGUAUCCAACAAUACCUCCUUGAUGAGCCUUUUCUCCAACGAUCUUGUCAUGGCUUUCCCUCGAAUUAUGGCUAGGGCUGGAUCCUUUGCUUUUGUCACCGUACCAGAACGACUAGACAGCAUAAUUGGCCUUAGGGGCGGCGGAAGCAUGAUUGCAGAAGCCACAGGCAAUGGAAGUAUGAAGAUGAUAUCUACAGCCUUCUCUUCCGACUCUUCCCCUAUCGCUGCUCUUCCAUCAGCAGCUGGCGCAGCAGCGACAGAAGCACCCCCGCAAGCCAGCCCGUUCAGCUUCCACCAGGUUAGAAACAUUGGCGGUAUAUUCGCGUAUAUGACGAGCAAGUGGGCUCUGGCAUGUUUCACGCUGGCCAUCAUCCUCAAUCGGACACAGAUCUAUGCCUCGGCACGCCGUCACAUCAGCUUGUCAUGGCCAAUACGACUUGCUAUACGUAUCCUGCCUAUUAUCAUGUUCCUCUCCCAUACCCUCAGCCUCCUACAAGCGAUGCGUUGCCAGACAUCUCCGAAGUACUCCUCCUUGAGGUACGGUAAGGCCGACAAACACCUGGACCUGGAUUUUUCGGGAGAUGGAGGCAUCAUUCACUGGAUCAGCUCCAUGCUCCUAUUCUGGGAAAAUGAUGCCAGCUCCUGCUUGGCAGUGGACAUGAUUCCAUCGCGGUCUGAAGUUUGGGACCGAAGCGGCUCCUUAUCCCUGCUGUGGCCUUUCUUCCAGUCCUUGUGUCUUGGUCAAUUUGUGGAAACUCUUUCGUGUGCAGUUCAAGGAAGACAGCUCAUGACCGAGACUGGCAUGUCAAUCUUCGAGCAUUCAUUGGCUUUUGCAGAAUCAGAAGCUAUGAUCAGCAAUCAACUCGGGCUCUCUUUAUGGUCAGCACAUAAAGCUAGUAAGGCGAAUUCGAACUCUUCACAGCCGGAUCCUGUGGGUAAGCUCUUCACCAGAAGCGAGAUACUGGACAAGAUGAAUACGCCACCAGAAGUCCUGCUUAUGGUGUUGAUCUCAAGUCUCAACAACCUUAGCAGCCAGAUCCUAGGAGUCUUGAACAUGCAGGCCAGAUUCCGACUCUUAAACACCGGUAUUUGGGGUAUAUGUUUCAUGAGUGCGUUCGGAUGGGGUUUCUUCAGCUUGAGACCGGAGUCGGGGCCAGAAUCUAUCAUCCUACGCUUUCCUACUGUCUGCAUCGUCGGCUUUAUUCCCCAUCUCUUAAUUCUCGUCGGAAUACUGCUAUGUGCCUCCAUCUACUCACUUGCAUUACUCCUUUGUUUUUUCUCUCCACCAAACGAUGAACCACCGCCUAGAACGCUGGCGGAGAGGUUCCGGAUGGCCCGCGAGAACAUGCAGGCCAAUGCCCAGCUCUCCAGCGUUCGCUUGGAUGUGACCGAGGACUUCUAUACGGCGUUGCUCAAGGUAGGUUUCACCGCUUUGACCGUCGCGAGUGAAGCAGUGUAUCUCAAUGAGGGUCGGCGCAUCAACGUCGCUACAUCAACGUGGUUGGAAGAGGAGAGGUUGAAGGAAAUAGAAGCCUUUGAACCAUCGCACGAUCCAGUGGAAGGCGUGUCUGUCCAUUUCGCGAAACCAGUCGCUGCAGACGAACAUUCUACGGAACGCUGGACGAGUGGCUACGAUAGAGUAGUGAGCUUCACAGCAGACAAACUCGGAUCAGGAUUUGCAAAUAUGAGACAGAGAGGGGAUGGAGUAGGCCAUAUGCAGAGAGGAGGGCGAUAUUUGAUGGCUGCGAAGUUUUUUCGUGGUAUCUUCUGGCUUUUUGUAAGCUGGAACAAAGUGAUUACGAACAUAUUAAUGGACAAAGCGAGGAUAUCCUGGCGCCCACAAUGGCUCAGGCUGCCAAUAGCGAAAGAAGGAUUACAAGUAGAUAAAGAGGAAGGGCAACAGAUCCGGCAGCAGAAUACCAUCGACUUUUGGAUGUUAUCAGACGAGGGUGUCCUCUUGCUACCGGAGAAUGACGACGUCGACGUGGAGCACGAAAUGAAACGAAGACUGAAGAACGAGAACGAACGCUGGGGCGAGGAAGAGGAACAGACACUCGAUUCGAGGGUCUACAACUGGUGGGCAAGCGGUGGAUGGUUUGGCGAGAAAGACGACAGUGGCUCCUACCAAACACCUGCACAGGACGAUGAUACUACCAGCUUGGUCUCUGUGUCCACCAAUGCUAGCGGAGUUUCCCCCGGAGACAUUGACGACGAAUUUAUUGACGUCGAUUCGGAUGCGGGCUCAGGCGCCAGCACACCCACUCAAAGACAGCCUUUUUCUCGCAGCCUCUCGCCUUCAGAUCCAAAUGUAUUAGACGCUCUUGACCCAUCCAAGAACUACUCUCAGCUCAAUCCGCGCCACCUCGCCACAUUGCUCGACCCCAAAACCCCCCAUCAGCGCUCCGAAGCCCGCAUGCUCGCUCAUCACCUUACCAAUACAGGCAUAACAACCCGUUCGCAAUACCGCCACGCCCAGUCUUUUGCGAAUGCCAAACUCCUCACCUCCACCCGCUACCGUCCCACCAAUUCCUCGAUCCCCGCCACCGGGCCACUUUCUCCAGAGGACGAAGCGUACCUUCUUGAGCAACUGAUCCUUACCCGACGCGCCCAACCCGCGUCUUCUAUCAAUCAAGGAGCAGGUACAUGGCGUGAUGGUGCAGUAGGACUGUACUUGCUUGGCCGUGUCGCUGCUUGA